AUUGGAUAUUAUUCAGGUAAAAUAAUAGAUAUAGUUGUUAAAAGUGCCUACUGUAAACUGUGUGAAACUUGGAAGAAGAAACUUGAUACAGAAGAGUAUAAUGAAUGGUACGAAGAACAUAAAAAUACUUGCACUGCAAAUCAUGCUGGUUCCUCAGGGAAAAUGGAAGUUGAUUCAGUCGUUGAAAUGUUCAAACGUUCAUUGGAAAAACUCGGAGUCAUCUAUAAAAAUUAUAUCGGAGACGGUGAUUCCAAAACGUACUCGGGAAUUUUAAAAGUUAAACCUUAUGGUGAUGAGGAAGUUGUAAAGAAAGAAUGUAUUGGACAUGUACAGAAACGAAUGGGUACGAGACUUCGAGAUUGUGUAAAAAAAAAUGUUGAGACUGUUGAGAAUGCGAAAGGAAAAAAAAUACAAAAGAAAACUCUCGGUGGAAAAGGAAAACUCACUGGAAAGAUGAUCGAUAAGUUAACAGUUUACUAUGGCUUAGCAAUACGUAGAAAUUGUGAUUCCAUUGAGAAAAUGUAUAAUGCUAUCUGGGCCACAUAUUAUCACUAUUGUUCAUCUGACCAAAAACCUCAGCACGACAACUGUCCGAGUGGACCAGACUCAUGGUGCAGCUGGCAGAGGGCUGCUGCUGCCAAUGAAGUAUCUACUUUCGAACAUGAUUAUGAGCCACUACCUGAUGAUGUUGCUGAAGCUAUACGUCCGAUUUUUAUAGACCUCAGCAAUAAAAGUUUAUUGGAAAGAUGUGUCGGUGGUUUUAACCAAAACAACAACGAGAGUUAUAAUCAACUGAUUUGGAAAAUCUCUCCCAAAAUUGUUCCGGCAGGCUCGAAAACUGUAGAAACCGCUGCAUACAUAGCUGCUGGCGUCUUUAAUGAAGGAAUGGCUUCAUUAUUAUAUUAUAUGAAUGCAAUAGGAAUUACACUUGGACCCAACGCACAUUUAUAUGCCGAAAAAGAAGAUGAGCAGCGCGUGAACAUCUCCGACCGCAGAGCGCGCGAUAGCACCCGAGAUGGAAGAAUGGCUCGCAGACAACAUCAGCUCGAGUUAUUGGAAGCUAAUGAAUCAGCAGAAGGUCUCUUAUAUGGGCCUGGAAUAGAUGACACCAUAUGAUCCAGUUCAGAGAUAGAGUGGUCACCGCAAGACGUCUUUUUUUAGAGGACCUCCUGGAGAUCGGCUGUAGCUCUUCUCCAGAGAAAUAUUUUUACUAAUAAUAAGCACUAAAAUGUUGUUGAAUAAUACCAUAAUAAGUAUGUAAACUUUUGGAAUCAAUAAAUUUUAACGGCUUCUCAAAAAAAAUUCCUAAAAAUUCGCUUUUUUUCGACCCAUUAACUGUAUAUAACCC